AUGAGCACGUAUUCUUUUGAAGGCGUGCAAUUCCGUGCUACACCUCCUGCUCCUAAGCCAGAGCCUGCAAACGACAAAUGUGGUGUUCGCACGACUGAUUCUCCUGCCAUCAAGAAUGCGCCUUUACCUGCCGAUGGUCCUUCUUCCAAGCACUUCUCUAAUGCUUUGGUAUUGGCCCUCAUUGUCGGUAUCCCUUACUAUGUGACCAAAAAGCUAGGUGGUGGAAAGAAGACUUUUAUUUUCUUUUUCCUCUUGUUUGUUCUUCCCAUACUGAUGGCAUACUGGACAUUGGCUUCUACUUAUUCGCCCCGUCUGAACACCAAGUGUCAGUUACCAGGUAAGCCAAUUGAACAUUAUUUAACUUUUCAUGAUGAAAAGCUCGCUCAGAAGUAUCAUGGCAAGAAAAUUCCAAUGGAAACAUUCCAUGAGCUUUAUUUUGCAAACAAAGUCUCGUUCAAUGGGGAUGCUUUAGAUAUUCUGGAGUACAGACAUGACUGGGCUCAAUUUUCAUUCACCUUAUCACUAUUUAGAUUUUUCCUUUUCGGCAUGAUUCCUGAGGUUAUUAUGCACACUAGAUCACAAGACGAGGAGCAGGUUAGAGAUCAUUACGACCGUGGUGAUGACUUCUAUGCUUGGUUUUUGGGUCCACGGAUGGUUUACACUAGUGGUGUUGUUUCUGAUAUUACUAGAGAAGAGUCUCUUGAACAAUUGCAAGAUAAUAAACUUAAGGUCGUUUGUGACAAAAUUGACCUUCAACCUGGCGAAUAUCUGUUGGAUUUAGGAUGCGGCUGGGGUACCCUUGCAACUUAUGCUUCUAAAGUCUACGAUGCACGUGUAACAGGUAUUACCCUCGGUAGAAACCAAACUAAGUGGGGAAACGGUAAACUUAAGCUGCAGGGCAUUCCAGAAGAACAAUCUCGUAUUUUGUGUAUGGAUUACAGAGACACGCCGCUGGCCACUCCUGAAGGUAAAAAAUAUGAUAAAAUUACAUGUUUAGAGAUGGCGGAACAUGUUGGUGUUAGAAAGUUUGGUUCAUUUUUGCAACAGGUAUAUGAUAUGCUUGAGGACGAUGGUUUGUUUUACUUGCAAUACGCUGGUUUGAGAAAAGCAUGGCAAUAUGAGGAUUUGAUUUGGGGGUUGUUUAUGAACAAAUACAUCUUCCCAGGUGCAGAUGCAUCAACUCCACUAGAUUUUGUUGUAUCUAAAUUGGAAGGAACCCGUUUUGAAGUUGUCUCGAUUGAUAAUAUCGGCGUGCAUUACUCUGCUACUUUGUGGAGAUGGUACAGAAAUUGGAUGGCCAAUAAGGAUGUCGCCAUCAAUAAGUAUGGUGUCAAAUGGUUCCGCAUAUGGGAAUACUUCUUAGCAACAUCUACCAUCAUCUCAAGGCAAGGUUCCGCUACAUGUUUCCAAAUUGUGUUGAGAAAGAAUUUGAAUUCCUACCAUCGGAUCAAUUAUGUUCCAAAGCAGAAGGGUUUGAUUACCCCUAUAAAAGAAGGGGUCCAAAACUGGUUCAAAUGA